AUGGUUCCUCCACCGAAGCUUAAAGACGCAGAAUACUUCAGCAAGACCGGCGGCAAGGGCUGGUACUGUAAACUCUGCACCCCGGCGGAACGUGCGGAGGCCGAAUCCAUGACGCCCCUCGAGAGCUGCACCUCUUGGGAUCAUUACUACCGAGACGACAAGAUGCCCGACUACAUCCCGUUCUGGAGAGACGGGGUCAUGGCGGCCGAGAGGGGCGAGCAGGUCGGCAAGAUGGAGGACUUCCUCGAGCGACUCGACCAUAAUAUCCGCAAGCGUGUCGGCUUGGUGGACGACGAAUGGGGCGGCGAUAUCGGCCUCAACAUGUGGGGAGGUUCUCCGGCACCAAACGCGUGGGGUGUUCAGAAGCAACAGAAACCCCCAAUGCGGCCCAAGCAAUGGGGCGCGAAUGAAGCGAAUUGGGAUGUGCCCGAUAUAGGCGAGGGAUGGGGCCAAGUUGAUAGCUGGCCACUUUGGACUGCUGACGAUGGUUGGGGGGUGCCCGCGGACAGCGAUCCGUGGGCUGCUGCCGACGAAGCUGGCAUGGGAGCAAGGGCGACCGACUGGGGCGUGUCGACAGCGACCGAGUCGUCCAGAAAGGACGAACCGGUACAACCGACCGGGCGCAAGGCGAUGUCGCGGACGGAGAGUUGUGGACGUUCGCGGAGAAGGUCGCGAACCAGGACCAGAUGA